AUGGUCCUGAAGCUCAAACCUCCAAGUCACCCUCCUUCGCCAUUCAAAUGGGAUAUACCGUCACCGACGAUAUCACUCAAGGAGAUCGCCAGUCUCCAGCCACCGCCCACAGCAUGGCUCUCUGCACGCGACAUGAAGGUCUAUGGAUCUCAACCGAUGACCUAUAUCUCGGAGGUUGGGAACACAGAGGUUGUUUAUGACACCCAUGAGUUUGGAGAUGUUAGUAACCUUGCCGUCGCGUUUAUAGACCUCUGCGCCACCAUUCGUGCUGGAAAGCACAAGGGCCUGAAGGGCAAGUUUGAUGCAGAAAGUGGGAAGAAACGUAAAUCGUCCGUUGAGCCGGAUGAUCCUUCAUUACCAGCCAAGAAGAAACUCAAGCCGACAAAAGCCAAGGGUCGAGUCAAAGGUCCUCCAGACUACGACAAUCAAUGUGGUGUCAUCAACGACAAGGGUCUUCCCUGCUCGCGAUCUCUGACAUGCAAAUCCCAUUCCAUGGGAGCGAAACGAAGCGUUCAGGGGCGAUCCAAACCCUACGACGAACUUCUCCUGGAUUGGCAACGUGCACAUAACCCCAACUUUGUCGAACCAGUCAAACGCGAAACUAAAGCAGAGAAGAAGGAGAAGCGCGAGCGAGAGAAACAAGAGAAGAAGCGUUUGGAGGCAGAGGCUGCAGCUGCACUUGGAUUAGAUCUUGCUGCCACAAAGAAAGCAUCCUCUGCUGCGAAUGCCGCCAAGAAGGCUAGCAAGAAGGCUGCAGCAGCCGCUGCUGCUGCCGUUCGACUUGCAGAGGAGCUGGGAGAUGGAAUGUCGGAGGACCUGGAUGACUUGGACUCGGAGGCAGAAGUAGACGAAUUGGUUAGGGCAGUUAAAGUGGCGCACGAUAGAGGACUUGUUGGUGUUCCAUUGGCUGUUCCCUGUGACGCUGGAAGCUGGUUUGUCCAACGGAGGGAACGUGCACGAACAUGUCGAGACUUGUUCGUUGCUGCAUUGGGGAACGGAGGUGGACUGCAGCCGGCCAUGAACAUUGGCCUGACAGUACCCACUCGUACCGCUAGCGGCUCGAGCCACACAUUCUCAGUACGGAGCUGA